CAUUACCUUUAUUUUUUAUUUUUAUUAAUUGCUAUCAGAAAAGUCUCUGUUUUUUUUUCUGAUAUAUACAUAUAUAUAUAUAUAUACAUAUAUAUCUAUAUCUAUAUCUAUAUAUACAUGUGUAUAUGUUUAUGAAAAGAGGACAAAAUUAAAUAUUACCAUUAAAGCUUGGCUUUACCUUGACUAUUAACAAAUGUAUUCUGUCUCAACUCACGCGCCGGUAGAUUCCAUCUCUCUCAACAAUAAGCUUUAUCAGACAAACAGCAGUAGAAAACUAAGAAUACCAAAUGCUUGGCAUCAGUACAAAAUCUCACUACAAACAUUUGUACCAACCAAAGACUUUACAUAUGCCCCUUCUACGUCACAUCAACCGGCGAAUAUUACAGCCCUUCAUCAAUGUCCUGUCUGUCAUCAUGCUUUUCAUCGACCCUGCACUCUCCCCUGUGGUUACACUGUCUGUCAUGCUUGCAUCCCCGCACCGUCUAUGCCUUGUGUAGCACCAGACUGUACACGAACCCAUACCAAAGAGCCAUGUCUCAAUAUAGCCCUACAAGAAAUACAAUCAAUCACCAGCCAGCUUUCUACAUAUGACAGCGCGUCCCCCGAUAGUCUUCAUACUUUAUUAGGAAGUUGUCUCGAAUGUCCCAUAUGCUGUUCUCGAAUUGAGGAUCCAAUCACCACUCAAUGUGGUCAUACGUUUUGCCGCCACUGUAUUACACGAGUGAGCCACUUCUUCAGGACAUGCCCAGUUUGCCGCACGGAACUGGCCGUCUUGUGUGGAAGAAACAACCAACUUUUGUCCCGAUGGCUAGAAAUUUUGCUUCCAGAAACAAAGCAAACCUCGGUGCUCAUACCAGUAUCACAACCAGUUCGUCUCUUAAUUGGCUCAUUAGCAUUCUCUUCCGUACCGUGCGCAUUUCACAUCCAAGACUCUUCUCUAAAAACCCAGUCUGAAAUGGUAAUGUGUGUUAGUCGUAUUAAAAGAAGCUCUGAAGAAGGCUCGGCACCAUUUAGUGAAUACGGAACCAUGCUUGAGAUCAAGUACAACGAGACGUUUGUGGAUGGUCGAUCGAUGGUGGAAGCAGUCGGGUCUUUCCGUUUCCGUAUCCGGAACUAUUGUAUCAUCGAUGGCUGCCAUGCCGGACAAUUUGAGCUAAUAAAUGAUGUUGACCCUGAAACUGAGCGAGUGCUUGAAUACCAGCAAAUAGAAGCUGCAAGAACAAAACGAGCCAGUAUGCACACAAGAAAUACCCCCAGGCGACCUCGAUCGGUUAUAUUUGGACAUUCCUCAUUGGUAGACUCGGUGGCCAUGGCACCAGAACUUUCAUCAUCAUCAUCUUCUUCUUCGUCGUCGUCUUCUUCGUCUUCUUCGUCUUCUUCGUCUUGUUCUUCUGCUUCUGCUUCUGCUUCUGCUUCUGCUUCUGCUUCUGCUUCUACUUCCUCGUCAACAUUCUCAUCGCUACCUUUGUCAUCAUCCUCUUCUAUAAUAUCCCCAACGACAUCUUCAUUUCCAACCAUUUCCUUAACAACACCUUAUAGCACCUACGGUACGAGUGUUCACCGACGAUCAUGGGCAGUCCAAGGAGUAGUACAAGAACACCCUAGCCGAUCUCCCUGGUUCAAAAUUUAUCAAAUCAGACAAUUAAGUCACACACAGAGUGAGAUAUCAAAUCUAGACCGACAGUGUCUUUCUACUGAGGCUCUGUUGGAUUAUCUAGACGACUUUGUUUGUGCUUUAAAAGGAGGACAAGAACGAUGUCCCACCGAUCCAUUCUCCCGAUGGCUGAAAUCAAUUGGUGAGCCACCCGUGUCACGUGGCCGGGAUCGGGAUGGAGUAGCUUUUAGUUGGUGGGUGGCUAACAUGAUGCCCCUUGUUGAAGAAGAAAAGGUUGAGCUGUUAUCGAUGCAAACUCUACGAGAGCGCGUUCUUAGGAUAGUAAGCUGGAUUGACCGUUUCCAAGAUCAGUGGGCUUUUUGGCUCCAUGCCACUUCAAACUUAAAACCUUCUUUUUUAUGAUUUAAAAUUUAAUUAAUCUUUAUUGCCAUUGUUUCCAUUAUUGAAUUGUCCUAUGUCCCUAUAUCCCUUUCUACUAAACACCACUUUAACACAACUAAUUCACAACAUCUUCUCUCUUUCCCUCCUUCCUCUUCCUCUUUCUUUUCCUCUUUAUAUUUUAAACUGUACCUAAAUCUAUGUAAUCCUAUACUUAUGUUAUUCUUAUUAUGUAAUUAAUAAUAAUAAAAAAAAUAAUAAAAAAAGACCUUAUCGACCCUC